AUGGCCGACAACGGACAAAACGUGGACCUGCUAUCGAUCGAAGCUAACGAGGUCCAGCAUGAUGCCGUGCUCGACUACUAUGGCAGACGGCUAGCGACGUGCUCUUCAGACAAGACGAUCAAGAUCUUUGAGGUUGAGGGCGACAAACAUACACUGGUCGAGACCCUGCGAGGACACGAAGGCCCAGUAUGGUGCGUCGCAUGGGCGCAUCCCAAGUACGGCAACAUCCUCGCAUCCUCCUCAUAUGACGGCAAGGUCAUCAUCUGGCGCGAGCAGUCGUCCACCUGGCAGAAGAUCUACGAAGUCGCCCUACACACCGCCUCGGUCAACAUCGUCGCCUGGGCGCCCCAUGAGGUGGGCUGCCUUCUCGCAUGCGCUUCUUCCGACGGCAAUGUUUCGGUGCUUGAAUUCAAGGACAAUGCGUGGUCACACGUCAUCUUCCAGGCCUGCGGUAGCGGCGUGAACAGCGUCUCGUGGGCUCCAGCUGUCGCGCCCGGACAGGUUGUAAGCGCAAGCGGAAACCAGGCCGGUGCUGCAAGGCGGUUUGUCACGGGCGGAAGCGAUUGCCAGGUCAAGCUGUGGGACUUCAGUGCCGAGACUGGCAGCUGGCAGAGCACACAGAUCUUGACAGGACACACAGAUUGGGUGCGCGAUGUUGCGUGGUCGCCGACUGUUCUCUCCAAGUCGUACAUCGCAUCUGCAUCGCAAGACAAGACUGUGCGUAUCUGGACAUCUUCGGACCUUCGCGACUGGAAGUCAACUGUUCUCAACGUCGAUGCUGUCGCCUGGCGCGUGAGCUGGAGUUUGAGCGGUAACGUGCUGGCCGUCAGCACUGGCGACAACCGUGUCAGCCUAUGGAAGGAGAGGCUGAGCGGCGGAUGGGAAUGUGUCAAGACGAUUGAGGAGUAGACGAAAAGAUAAAGGACCAGCUUCAUGCCCAAUUGAUCGAACUGACAUGAAUGAAUCAAGAGUAGAACAAAAGAUCCAGAGAAUACAUUUUC